AUGACUAAGAACGACGGAAAAUCCAUCAUCGUGGUCGCGGCGGCGAUGGAUAGUCGGGCAUUAUUUCACGACUUGAUUCUGGGCGUGGAUAAUGGAAUAUCCGGGACCAUCGCGGUGCUGGCGGUCGCGGAUGCUUUGAGUCGGUCUCCUGUGCCCGUUUCAAGUUUUCCCAAACACAUUCUGUACACUUUGUUCACGGGGGAGGCGUGGGGUUUUGCCGGCUCUCAGAGAUUCGUGAAAGACAUAUCCACCCCGUUCGUGUGCAAGUCGAAUCAAACACAGGCGACCGUAAAUUGUCCUUUUACGGGAGUAUGUAGUUCUCCUUGCAUACACGACAAGGAUUUUGAACAAAUCAAUUUCGAGAGAAUUGAUUCGAUCUUUGAAUUUAGCCAAGUCGGUAUUAACGCCACCGGUUUCUAUGCUCAUGUGGAUGAUCCCAAUAAUUCAAAUAACAAAGUGCUCAUAACUCAAUUGGAAAGGUUGUCGGCAAUGAAGAAUAAUCAUAGUUCGUUCGUGAAAUCGGCGUACGACGGCGUAACCGGCAGGAAGUUACCUCCGUCCAGUUCUAUGGCUUUCUUGGAAAAAAAUCGAAGCCUGGCGGCCGUGGUGUUGGGCGACUUUCAGACUAGCCUAAGAAAUUAUUAUAACAGCGAAUAUGACGACGGGUCUAAUGACAUCACGUCUGUCGGUGCUUCAAUAUGUUCGAUCGCCAAUGUCACCGCUCAAGCGGUAUGGCUUCAAGCGCAGGGGAUAAAUAAUGCCACCGUCACACCAAUAUCAGUCAAUUGUGAUCUCGUUGAGCAACUAUUAUAUUGUUUGGUGUAUAAUUAUUCAUGUACAAUUGUGGAGUCCUUGUAUAACGCCAAGGACACUGGUAGAAUAAGCCAUUACGCCGGGGUCUUUCAAUAUAAUAUGCCGAGUGACAUCUCAUUUUUCGCAUUCAACUAUUUAUCGAAUCUUACCGCCUCGAGUACCUCGAGCAAUGCGAAUUGUGUGUCUAACAAAGAUUGUGACUCUGCUGAAUCUUGUGUGGCCAAAAAGUGUACAAAGGCUUUCACGAGAUAUCACAGUUCAUACGGAGCAGGAUUUGAUUACGAUCAAGCUGGAAAUCUUUUAAUCACGGAUCCGACCAGAGCGACCUGGGCGGAAAUCUCAGAUCACUACACGAAAAUGGCCUCGCAAGAAUCUGAAGAAAUAGAUAAGGAAAAGUUGAGGGAAACUUGUCGGUCGAUUGUACGCUCGGCAGAUUUGAGAAAGAUAACCAUGAAGCAAGUUCGACGAGCAGCGGAAUCGGAACUCGACCUAAAAGAAAAUAUCUUGGACAGUAAGUCAUGGAAGAAUUUUGUUACCGACAUUGUUAACGAGGCAAUGGGAAAUGGUCAAGACGAAGACAAGACCUCGGAACCCAAAAAAGGAAAAAAACUUCAAAAAACUUCCAAGAAAUUGCCGGACGAAAAGAAAGCAUAUGUAAGGACGGUUCAAUCUAAGGGAACGAAGGAAGGACCGAACAAAAAAGAUUCAAAGGAACUUGAAGACAAUACUGUAGCUGCGGAGGGCGAAGUCAACAAUCAGUCUAGAGAAGGUUCGAAAACUUCGGGAAUAACAACACAGGAAGGUGGCGCGUUUGGGGAAAUAUUUGGACCAAUGAUUAAAAAAAAUUCGACCUCCAAAUCAAGGAAAUUGUCAAAGGACUCGGAAAGGAAGAGCAAGAUUGAAAGGGGGUCAAGUCAAAAGCGAAUAAAUACCGAUCAACCCAAGAGAGUAAAGAAGGAAGAAUCAUAUUCGAUUUCGGAUAGUGAUGAAGCGACAAAUUCAGGUCAAAUUCAUAGGGACAGCGUCGAUUCGGGUGAUGACAACGAGCAAAACUAUUCAAAAGAUCCAAUACAUGAAACAAGCAGCAUAGAGUCUGACGCGAGAAAAGGGAGGAGAAAAAAAACGAGACGCAAGAGAUCAUUGGAUUUAACGUCCGAUGAUGAGGGUAGCGAUAGCGGAGACGAUUAUAUUCGUGAGAAACGAAUGGUACACGGAGUUGACGUCAGCGUGAAGUCCGAUAGUGUCUCAAGUUCGGUAACGGCGAAAAAACACAAGUCAUCGCAGGAAAGCAAGCGGAAGGUGCUAAAAAAACAAAGGCCAGUUCUUAUUCGCGAUUCAGAUUCGGAAGAUGAAGUCAAGGAACGGUUGAAGCCGAGACGAAAGGAUAUCACGCAGCAUCAAGACAUGGUUGAAGAUGGUGGAUCAGUUAUGGCACUGGAAAAUAAGGUGGCUAAGGAGUCUGAUCAGGUUGAAACCUUUGUCAAGUCGAUAAAAUCCAAAGGGUCCCUCGUCAAAGCAGAAAAAAGAAACUCCCGUGAAGUUGAAGUGGUGAUUGAAAAAAAUGCUGGAGAUUCGGAUAGUACAAUACAAGGAGAUCAGGUGGAAGUUGGAGGAUCGGAUAGCGAAGGUCGGCCCAAGGGUUUUAAGAAUUUGGUAAAGGAUGAGGAUGCCGAAGAAAUGUCCGAUGACGAGAAGACACGGAUGUCAAUGAACAAGCAUGCAGGUUCCAGCGACGAUUUAAGCGUUCUCGACGAUGAUUCACCACCGAGAAAGAAACGAAAAUCUGGAAAAGCCAAAAGCGUUGUUGACACCGGCACCACCGAGGAUAAUGACGAGGCGACCAUCAAGGAAUUGAAGUCGUUCAUCGUAAAGUGCGGAGUACGAAAAGUCUGGCAAGUCAAAAGAGUUGGCGGGUUGCGACUCGACCUCAAGUCAAAUCCACAGGUUAAACCAAAUACUCAGGGAGAUAGGGAUGAAAGAGAACUAGAAGUGGAAAUGAAUUCUAUUGAUGUCGGCAAUAUCAUUCCGGACGAUGAGAAAGAAUCUCGCAAGUCACGAGCUUCCCGGGGUAUAUUUAAUCCCACAGGCCGCCGCACAAAUCCUGCUGUGCGCCAAACAUCGGAGACGGAGGAGAAAGAGGAAUCACUCUCUGAAAAAACCGAUGGCGAUAUGUGA